GUGCACACUGGAGGUAAUUGGAUCGGAAAAAGCAGUAGAGAAUCGCAGUGUAACGCCUCGUUUGGCAAAUUGGGAAAGGCAGCCAUUUCCCAACUCUCUCUCUCUCUCUCAGUGUAUCAGAAAAUGCAAGCUAUUGGAGUACUGUCGAAAUCACGCCGAGUGGCUAGGGUUUUGGAAAACCCCUCGCGGAGUCUAUUCAACUCGGCGGAACGAGUCAAGUCUUCUCAGCAGGGUUUGGCUAUUGAAAAUGCUGACUCUCUUCCUCUACGCCGCCGCUUUCACUACGCCGCCUUGCUCUCCGCCAACAUCCUUAGAAGUUGUUCACAAAUUGAACUAAAUCAUAAAAAAGAAUUUAUCCAAAUUCCAUCUUCAUCAAUGGUGAUGCCAACUAGACUCUUUUCUUCGGAAGCACAAGAGAUUGGAAAUGAUACUGCAGAUGCAGAGACAGUCAAGACAGUCUAUGAUAAGAUGCUGAACUGUAUUGUGGAGAGAAGAACUGCACCUCCAAAUGCUUGGUUGUGGUCAAUCGCUGCUAAAUGUUCUACCCAUGAAGAUAUUAAGCUCCUAUUCGAUAUUUUGCAGAAACUUCGUACAUUUAAACUCUCCAAUCUUCGGAUACACGAUGAUUUUAACAGUGCGCUUUGCAGGGAAGUUACAAAGGCCUGUGUUCGUGCAGGGGCUAUUGACUUUGGCAUGAAGACAUUGUGGAAGCAUAAUUUAUUUGGAUUGACUCCUGACAUUGGAUCUGCACAUCAUCUGCUGUCAUAUGCUAAACAGCAUAAUGAUGUGAAACUCAUGGUUAAACUAUUGAAACUUAUGAAGAAGAAUGAUUUACCUUUUCAACCUGGCACGGCAGAUAUUGUUUUCAGCAUUUGUUAUAGCACGGACAGAUUGGGUUUGACGACUAAACAUGCGAAAAGGUUUGUGAAGUCUGGGGUAAACCUUAGACAGACUUCCUUCGACCUGUUGAUGGAAUUUGCUGCCAGAAAAGCUGAUCUUAAAUCCUUAUGGAAGAUUGAGAAGUGGAGAUCAAAAGCUAUGAAAAAGCAUAGUCUUUCCACUGGGUUUUCCUGUGCUAAGGGUUUCCUUCUUGAGCAUAAGCCUGAAAGUGCUGCAGCAAUCAUUCAAGUACUAUAUCAGACUCUACCUGAAGCAAAGAGGCCAACUGUUAUGGUUGAACUUCAAAAGCUAGUGAGUGAAUGGCCUUUGGAAAUUAUAAAGCACCAAAAAGAGGACAGAAAGGCAUUUGCCGCAGCAUUACAAAAUGAUAUUUCUGCACUGAUCAAUGCUUUACCAAGCUUGGGUGUGGAGGCAAACGUCUCCAUGCAAGAUUUAACUGGAAAGGAAGCGGUUCUGUCUUAGAAGUCCAGUCGGUCGAGUAUAUUAGCUUCGAAUAGCUAAGAAGCAUUUUUCGCUCAGUUCUGCGAGACGGACCAUCCAAGUGGUAUUCUCUCUGUGCCAAGCUGUAGGAGGCAUUCAAGUAAUCCGUGACGCUCCAUUGAAAGUUCCAUACUUGAGAAGCUUAAAUAACACCAAAUGCACCAAAUGCACAAGCCAGUUUUGCUCUAUUACUUCAAAUUAUAGCAGUAAUCUUAUAAUGUUCCACUGUUCAUGAGCCCAUGUAGUUAUUUUGAUUCUAAGGUCAACCGGGGAAAAGCUAACGUUUCGAGUUUUUCUCUUAGCUGUUUACAUAUUGAGGUUUUCUCUUACGCUGCGUUUCCUGUGUCCUUAAUUAGUGCUUAUCUCGUAUUCUCUUAUUUUAGAUGCCUAUUUACUUAUAUUUGGGUUUGGAUUUGUGAUGUAAAACAUUAUAAGGGUAAUGGAACAGGAUAUGGGAGUAGCUACCUUUAUAA